AAUGUCCAUUUUCUUAUUAAGGGAUACUGUGCCAGAUGAUUUAAAUGAUUACAACGAGGAAGAACAUUGUCAACCUGUAUGGUCCCUAAGACCAUCACAUAAAUUACAUGAUCAAUUUAAAAUGGAAGUUAUCGAUUUAUCCAGUGUAGGAAUGUGCUUGAAUUAUUGUCUCUCUCCUCAGAUGUGCAAAUCAGUUAGUUGGCUACACAAAAAGAGCUAUAAACUGUUUCCAGAAGGAAAUUAUGAACAAGAACAAGAUUUUAAUGUUAUUGUACACUAUGAUAAUCUCGCUUACCCUGACAUAGAUAAGCACUAUCGUCUUGGUUACGUUAAUACUCCACAGAGUGGCGUCAGGUGUGCUAAAACUGUUGAAUGCUAUUUACAAGUUGAUUUUGAAAAAUUGGUUUUAUUGACUUCCUUUACCACAUCUCCCCAAUUGACUUCUUCAUUUUAA